AUGCAGCUGAUCCCGAGCCUUCCAACCUCAAUCCUACUCUCAACCUUGCUGCUCACAAGUAGCGCUCAACUCCAGCAACCCAUGGCCGGCAUCCAGCUUCCACCCGCUUCUUCAACAUCGCCUCCACCACCAAACAACGAUGUAAUCCUCUCAGACGUUCUCGGCACGAAUCGUCUCAUCAACAUUUUUGCUGGCUUCACUCGUGACAUUCUUCAAAUCUCCACCCGUCUGGAGACAUCUUCUCAAAAUACCACUGUUCUCGCCCCUCUGAACUCCGCUGUUCAGGCUCUUCCCCGGAAACCAUGGGAGGAUCCACGAGAUUACGAGGCUCUAGGCACGCAAGCAUACGAUGGCAAAGAUGGAGAAGAGCGCGCACAUAAGAACCUCAGGAGAUUUGUCGAGGCGCAUGUUGUCCCUAAACAUCCAUGGGAAGAGGGCGAGAAAGUCGAGACUUUGGGUGGCGGGRAGGUGUGGUGGGAGAUGAAGGAUGGCAAGAAAGUGGUGAUGCCUGAGGGCGUGGAAGUCGAGGGAGCUGCGCGAAGGGUUGGAAAUGGAGAGGUCUGGACGCUGAAGGGAGUGUUGAAGUAUGCUUGA